AUGGAGAAUAGCAACAUCAAUCAAAUAACUAUUGGAACUUUAAAUCGAAUAAAUAAUCCGUAUUCUGUUGGAAGUAUUGAAGGACUCAAUUUUAUUGCUUGUGCAAUAGGAUCUCAUUUACAUAUUUUAACUGAAAGAUUCGAAAAAAUUCACGUUAUUCAUUGUGAUAAUAUAAAUAAUUGUGAAAUUACUGCAGUUAGUUGCUGUUCUGAAUCUGGAAAGAUUUUUCCUUAUACUUGGACAGAAGUCCAAAGUUGGACUAUGGAAGAUAAAAUUGGUGGAGUUCAUUGGGUGCUCGAAGGAUUUCGAUUACUUUUAUUUGUUGGAACAGAACUUAUACUUUAUCAAGACAAAAUUAUUUCCUGUUCAGUUGCAAUGAAUAAACCUGCUCAAAAUAAUGGCAUUAAAUUUACUUUAAAUUCAGAUGAAGAAAUUAAAUGGGAGGUUAUUUGGAGAAUAAAAUUAGCAAACAAAAUUAAACACGUUCGUUUUUCAAAUGAUGGGACUUUAUUUGCUACUUGUGGUUCUCAUGAUCCUUUUGUUAAAAUUUGGUAUCAGCUUAAAGAUUCUUUUUCUUUUAUUUAUUUACAACACCCUUCUUCUGUUUGUGGCUUUGAAUGGAGACAUUCUGGUGGAUUUUUAAUGCCUCGUAAAUUAGUUCAUAAUGCAUUAAUUACAUGGUGUGAGGAUAAUACUGCGAGAAUAUGGAAAGAAGUUCAAAAUGGGGAUACAGGGCUUCAAUACAAUUUUAUCAAUGAUAUUCAACAUGCAAUUGUUCAACAAAAUGGGCACCCUUCUGUUAUUAAACCAAAGCAUAAUCCACAUCGUGUUUCACUACAGAUGAGAAAAGCAAAAGCAAGGCUAAUACAAAAAUUUACUCACCAUCAGUGA